CCGCAUGCCCAAGUGGGCAACCCAGCUUUGCGGCCCCACAACAGCGACAGGUUCUGGUUCCCGUUGUUGUUCAUCGGGUGCGGUUUUCUUGUAUAGAGUUCUGGCCAAGGCUUUCUCAGCAGGCACAGAACUUUUACGUGCGAAAUGCCCCAGAGCUUCCCCUACCAGACCCUCGACCCCUCACGGCAAGAGAUCCGUGUUCUGUGGCUCUCCCCAUCCUCCAGCGAAGACAACCCCUCACCCACACCUGACGAGGAAAUCCAUGCCACCCUCACCACAAUCUCCCUCUCCCAGAAUCUCCCCUACAACGCCCUAUCCUACACAUGGGGCAGCGCAAACGGCCCCGCCCACCACAUCCAGCUCAACGGCCGCCCUUUCAGCGUCCGCUCGAACCUGCACGACUGCCUGGUGCACCUCCGGAGACAGGGCUUCGCCUCUCGGGAGUCCGGCGUGCCCCUGUGGAUCGACGCGCUCUGCAUCAACCAGGACGAUGUCGCCGAACGGAACAGCCAGCUGCGCCUGAUGGGCGACAUCUACCGCCGCGCGGCGUCCGUCGUCUCGUGGCUCGGCUCGGACGACCAGCUCGCGGACGGGGCGCGGGCGGUUACCCGGAUUGCGAGGGAGUGGGCGCGUCUCAGGGAGGAGCAGGAGCAGGAGGAGGUCGCUGCGACGCCGGGUGGGCUGGCUGAUGGGCUGGCUGACGAGCAGCAGCAGCAGCCCAUUCCGCCGCGUGCUCGGCUCGAGGCCUGGCUGCGCGAGACGGAGCAUAUCUGGCUGGAGCACAACGCCCAGCUGAGCGGCAUGGUUGCGCUCUUCCAGGCGGAGUACUGGAGACGCAUCUGGAUCACGCAGGAGCUGCUCCUCGCCGACCCGGCGACGCACGUCUACGUCUGCGGCGGCGUGUCCUUCACCGAGGCCGAGCUCGACCAGCUGUCCGAGUGCAUUCUGAACGUCUUCAGCGGGAAGAUGGUGGAAGCUGUGGACGCCGGCGUCUGGACCAACAUUACGCUGGGGGUUCGCGGCGAACUCGCCAUGAGAGCGAAGCUCUCGGCUGUCCAGCAGGGUCUGGUGCAGCCGUCGUUGAUGUUCGUGCUGGAUAUCGCCGGUACGCGGGCGGCGACCGAGCCGCGCGACGUUGUUUACGGCCUGCUGCACCUGAUCAAGGACCAUGGCAUCGAGCCAGACUACAACAAGCCUGUCUGGGAAGUGUACGCGGAUUGGGCCGUCAAGACCAUGCGAUCCGAGGGGAACUUGGAGCUUCUUGCUUACGUGACUUCCAAAGAAGAGCACAGGACCAGCGUUGAGCUAGAUUUGCCGUCGUGGGUUCCGGACAUCUUCAACUUCAAGGGCUACCGUGCUGUCGACUGGAUGAGAUGGGGUGGGAGUCAGCACCAUGCGGAGCAGCAGGGCCACGAUGGCGGGCCAUCCCUGGAGAUUCUCAUCGAUGGCCGGCUGUUAAAGGUGGACGCCGUUCGAUGUGGUACCGUGAAGAAGGUAACCCAGCUCCGCCGCUUUUCGGAGAGCAAGCUGGAGUGGCAGUGGGACAUGGUCCGGUUCUGCAUGGACUACGUGACCGCGCAACGGUUGAACGGAAGACGCUAUCCGACCGGUAUCCCGCCCCUGCAAGCUCUGGUGCGUCUGGUGAUGCAGGAACAGAUCGCAGCCCUGACGCCGGACGAGUACCCGACCCGAGUGCACGAGGUCGCUUGUGACUUUAUUGCGUGGCUCAUCUUCAGCUUCAACAAGAUAUUCAGCGGGGGAGCUCCUACGGGCGAGCCACUUGAGACCGCAGCGUCACUCUUGGGAUUGAGCUGGGGCGAGGAGUUUCCGGAAACAUAUGCAGAGGCGGUGUUCCCGGGCGUCAACGUGCGAGAAUCGAUGGGAUGGAACCGAUUGGGAGAUGCCUUGAACCUCUCGAACCCUAGGAGAGUCACUGACCAUAUGGUAAACUGGUGUGAUGGGCUAAGGUUGGUCGAGUCGGAGGAAGGGUACAUCGGGCGCGGACCGAAGAACGCGGAGCCGGGUGACCGCAUAUUUAUGGUGCGGCACUGCAGAUUCCCGCUCGUUUUUCGACAUUCAGAUCCAGCAUCUCGGUCCGUUACCUUGCUGGGCAAGUGUGAUCUCCUGGGGCUGGAUACUGGGGAAGUACGGGAUGUAGAGUAUGAGCAGCUUUGGAUUGCUUAGGAUAGUGAAUGGGAAAGAAGCUCGGUUUCUCAAGGUAGUGACGAGUGUUUGAUUCUGUCGGG